UGCCCCGGGAAGGUGGGAGGGGUUGAUUUGGGUGCCGUCGGCGUCAAUGAAUGAAGGCGAGAGACUCUCCGCAUAAGCCUUGGUGAGGCGCCCCUAGUGUUUUCUUUACACUGGAAGCGGCCAGCUCUUACUGUUCUCUCCCCUCAGCAAGCAGAGCCCAAGCCGCGCGCCCUCCUCUUUUUUUCGGCCUGUGACCGGGCCGGGCCCAGCUCAGAGAGGAGGAAAGAAGGAGGAACACCAGCCGCCGCCGCCGGAUGCGGCGAGGAAACAGCCCCGGCUCUCCUGCGCAGCGCUGCCGGCCACUCACCUGAGUACGCAGUGGCGGCAGCGGGAGGAGGAGUAGGCGAGGCUGCUGCUGCCGCCGCCGCCGCCGCCGCGAUCCCGGCCCAGGGGGCGGCGGCGAAGGCGGUCGACACAGAAGCCAUGGCAGGGAUUCCGGGAGCCUAGAGGGGCCGCCUCCGCCUCACUCGGAGCAGCCGCACCGCAGAGGCCUGCGAGUCCAGGACGGGAGAGGCGGGCAGGGGGUGGCGGCGGCUGGCUGGCUGGCUCGGCCAUUCCCCAGCUCGGCUCGGGCCGGCUCUGCAGCGGCUGCAAAGGCGCCUCCCGCGCAAGAUGUCCACCCGCACGCCGCUACCCACCGUCAACGAGCGGGACACCGAGAACCAUACUUCAGUUGAUGGAUAUACCGAGCCCCAUGUCCAGCCUACAAAGUCAAGCAGCAGACAAAACAUAUCCCGUUGCAGAAACUCAAUCACAUCUACAAAUGAAGACCAUCCUCACAUUGGGAAUUACCGCUUACUAAAAACAAUAGGAAAAGGAAAUUUUGCUAAAGUGAAGCUGGCUAGACAUGUUCUUACUGGUAGAGAGGUUGCUGUGAAAAUAAUAGACAAAACCCAACUAAAUCCUACGAGUCUACAAAAGUUGUUCCGAGAAGUACGAAUAAUGAAGAUUUUGAACCAUCCUAAUAUUGUUAAAUUGUUUGAAGUUAUUGAAACAGAAAAAACAUUAUACUUAGUAAUGGAAUAUGCCAGUGGAGGAGAAGUGUUUGACUACUUGGUUGCACAUGGAAGAAUGAAAGAAAAAGAGGCGCGUGCAAAAUUUAGACAGAUUGUGUCUGCUGUGCAGUACUGUCAUCAAAAGUGUAUUGUUCAUCGUGAUCUCAAGGCAGAAAACCUUCUUCUUGAUGGAGACAUGAACAUUAAAAUUGCAGAUUUUGGUUUUAGCAAUGAAUUUACUAUUGGCAACAAAUUGGACACUUUUUGUGGAAGUCCCCCAUAUGCUGCCCCUGAACUUUUCCAAGGAAAGAAAUAUGAUGGCCCAGAAGUGGAUGUCUGGAGUCUUGGAGUCAUUCUUUACACUCUAGUCAGUGGAUCGUUGCCAUUUGAUGGUCAGAAUUUAAAGGAACUGAGAGAGCGAGUGUUACGAGGGAAGUACCGGAUACCAUUCUAUAUGUCCACAGACUGUGAGAAUCUACUGAAAAAACUACUUGUAUUGAAUCCAAUCAAGAGAGGGAGUUUAGAACAAAUAAUGAAGGACCGAUGGAUGAAUGUUGGUCAUGAAGAGGAAGAAUUAAAGCCAUACACUGAGCCUGAACCAGAUUUUAAUGACAGCAAAAGAAUAGAUAUAAUGGUCGCUAUGGGUUUUGCAAGAGAUGAAAUUCACGACUCUGUAGUAAACCAAAAAUAUGAUGAAGUCAUGGCUACUUACCUGCUCCUAGGCAGAAAACCACCUGAGUUUGAGGGGAGUGAGUCCCUGUGCAGUAGUAACCUGAGUCAAAGAUCUCGACCCAGCAGUGACCUCAACAACAGUUCUAUGCAAUCUCCUGCUCACCUGAAGGUCCAGCGAAGUAUAUCAGCCAAUCAGAAACAACGUCGGUUCAGUGAACAUGGUGGGGAUGGCAUUCAACCAAUUGGACCAUCGAUUCCUCCCGCUGUCUCGUAUUCAAAAAGAGCUCAGGCAAACAGUGUGGAGAGUGAACACAAAGAGGAAUGGGAUAAAGAUGUGUCACGUAAACUGAGCAGCACUACAGUUGGGUCCAAAGGUGAGAUGGCAGCAAGUCCACUCGUGGGCCCUGAAAGGAAAAAAUCCACUACUAUUCCAAGUAAUAAUGUGUUUUCGGGGACUGGAAUGACACGAAGAAACACCUAUGUCUGUGAACGCUCUACAGAUCGCUAUUCUGCCAUUCAGAAUGGAAAAGACAACAGUUUAACAGAAAUGUCUGCAAGCAGUACCUCUUCUGCUGGCUCUGCUGUCGCUUCUGCAAUAUCAACACGACCCCGACACCAGAAGUCCAUGUCUGCCUCUGGGCACCCUAUAAAAGUUACACUGCCAACUAUCAAAGAUGGCACUGAAGCUUAUCGACCAAGCAGUGCAACUCAAAGAGCACCUGCUGCUUCCCCAUCUGCUCACAGUAUUAGCACUACCACUCCAGACCGAACCCGUUUUCCUCGAGGGAGUUCAAGCCGAAGCACUUUCCAUGGUGAGCAGCUACGGGAGAGGCGCAAUGCCACUUACAAUGGGCCACCAGCAUCACCGUCACACGAAACAGGCACAUUUGCUCAAACUAGAAGGGGGACAUCAACUGGCAUUAUAAGCAAAAUAACUUCCAAAUUUGUCCGCAGGGAUCCAUGUGAAGGCGAAACCAGUGGCAGAACUGACACCUCAAGGAGCACUUCUGGGGAACCAAAAGACAGAGAGAAAGAGGAUGGUAAAGAUUCUAAGCCGCGGUCUUUAAGAUUUACGUGGAGCAUGAAGACCACGAGUUCCAUGGACCCAAAUGAUAUGAUGAGAGAGAUUCGAAAAGUAUUAGAUGCUAACAAUUGUGACUAUGAACAAAAAGAGAGGUUCCUACUCUUCUGUGUCCAUGGUGAUGCUCGACAAGAUAGCCUCGUCCAGUGGGAGAUGGAAGUUUGUAAAUUGCCACGCCUAUCACUCAAUGGAGUCCGCUUCAAGCGAAUAUCUGGGACUUCUAUUGCCUUUAAAAACAUUGCAUCCAAAAUAGCAAAUGAGCUUAAGCUGUAAAGAGCAACAACAUUUCUGAGAUCAGGGAAGAGUCUAGCUUACAUUUUGAAUGUAAUGGUUAUACCUAACUUGAUUGGCCUGUGAAACUCCCCAUGUAGAAAUUGUCCCUAUUGCAAUAAGGUUAUACAUAGUUAUUCUGAAUUGUAAAAUUUAAUUCAGUAUGACCUAUAUUAAAAGAAAAAACUGUAGCUGAAGAAGACAUGUUCACAUGUACAGGUAAGUAUAUAGAGCAUUGUUAUUUUAUGUUCAUAGAGUUGUAUAAUAAAAAAGGCUUACAGAUCUUGUAUAGCUGUCUAGAUAUCAGCACAGAAGUGUGUUUGUUUUGAGUUAAGAAGUUCUUCCUGGUCAUUAUUUACAUUUUUUGUGGUUUUUAUAAUUCUUACCUCUAUCAUGCAUUUUUUUAAAAAAAAAACUACAUCCAUAGUAGAAAUGCACAAAAAUUGUUUUCACAACUGUAGUAUGAAAGUUUUAGUUAUUUUAAAACAAAUCAUAUAUAAAAACAGAAUUAGUCAAGAACAGAUUGACUUUUGUUGUACAAAGGAUUUUCUUGCUUCCCUUUCACUCUGAUCCUCCUUUACAGAGCAGUGUUUAUUUGAGAAAAAAUGUGACCAUGUUUACAGUGUUUGCACUUGCAGUAAGGAAAAGGGGGUUCUGGGUGUUGUGGCCUCUGGCCUCUAGAAACAUGUUGGGGAACGGAAAUCACAUCUUGAUAACAUUUUUAUUUGAAAACUUAAAUCUUGCUCUUGUGACCCAUGGUCAAAUGUAGCAACAAAAUAGAAGUACAGUUCAUACUCAUUCAUCAUGGUGUGAAAUAUUAUUGUUCUCUGCCUUCACAAAUUCUGCUUUAUAAAAAUAUCUUAGUAUUGCGACUGUUUCAUAGCACAAGGUAUUCUGAAAUGUUGACCAAUUGUAAGAGCUAAUAAAUGACACCUCAGGAAUUAACUGGUUUUUGGAAUAUUCCCCCUGCCCCCAGUACAUGCAGUUUCAUAUACUUUACAACUGAGCAUACAUAUUGUUUAUAACAAUAGAUUAUUACUUAAGUGAUUGUACAAAUUUGUUCUCAUAUCUUAUUUGUGUUUUUAAUAUUUUGCCCACUUUCUUGUAUUUAUUCCACAUCAUUAUGCCUGUAAUGUGCAGCUGUGAGUAGGCAUUUGCCUAUGGAAGUAAAGAAAAUUCCUUCAUAAUUAGUGAUAUAAACUAUGUAAAACCACUAGUACUUGGUACAUUUUAAUAUUUGUUAUUUUGUUACUGAAUUAAUCAUAGCGGUUGGUUGUGCAAUGUUAUUUAAUGUCGUAAAUACUGUAAUUUCAACAUACGGGCCCCAUCCGCACACUCCUGUAAAGAUUAGAGAAUCAUUCAAAAUUGUCAUUUUAUUUAAAAAACAAAAACAAGAAAAAAAGCUGUGGUAAACUCUGUAACCCGAAGUUAGAAGGCUGUAAGUGUAGCUAACGUGCCAUUUGAUAAUGGUUUUCUGACAGAUGGACUUGACAUGCUGUACUGUAGUGUGAUGUAGCUCUCUCUUCUGUAACAGUUCUAUUCUGAAAUGAACUUGUAUUGUUGCCUUAGGGGGAAAAAGGAUGGUGUUUUGGCAAGAAAGAACUGUACCCCUUUUUAUCUGGUGUUCCUUUAAAAAAUAUAUAUUAUUUUUGAUGCAAGUCAUCCUAAUUCACAUUCACUGGUGCACUCUAUUAAAAACUUACUUGAACGAUU